GGUUAACGCUGCUCUGAAUACAUUGAAGUUGUAAGAUAUGAGUAAGUGUUUGACCAUAUUCACUGGACUAUUAUCAACACGCAGGCAGCCAUAGCACACCCCCCCCCCCCCCUCAGCUUAGUGGUGUACAGGGGGAUAGCAGUCAGCCAUGGACACCACCACCUCCCUGAAGAUGACCUCCCUGGCCGUCCAGAGUCUGUUCAGCUAUGUGGAGGAGGAGAACCUGGCGGCCAUCAAAGCACAUUUGGACAAGUUCAAAGAUGUGGAUAGCAGGAGUGAUAACGGACAGACUCCCCUGAUGGUGGCGUCAGAGCAGGGCAAUCUGGAGAUAGUACAAGAGCUCAUUAGGAGAGGAGCCAAUGUUAACUUGGAUGACGUUGACUGCUGGACGGCGUUGAUCUCGGCGGCUAAGGAGGGCCACAUAGAGGUGGUGAGAGAACUGCUGGAGAACAAUGCUAACCUGGAGCACCGAGACAUGGGAGGAUGGACAGCUCUAAUGUGGGCAGCCUACAAAGGUCGUACUGAUGUGGCCGAGCUGCUCUUGGAAAAAGGAUCGAACCCCAACAUAACUGGUCAGUACAGCGUCUAUCCCAUUAUCUGGGCAGCAGGUCGAGGCCACGCAGAGAUUGUCCAUCUCCUGCUGCAGCACGGAGCCAAGGUCAACUGUUCCGACAAGUAUGGUACCACUCCUUUGAUCUGGGCCGCCAGGAAGGGCCAUUAUGACAGUGUGAUGCACCUUCUGGCUAAUGGAGCUGAUGUGGACCAAGAAGGAGCAAACUCAAUGACGGCUCUGAUUGUGGGAGUGAAAGGUGGCUUUACAGAGGUUGUUAAGGAGCUGCUGAAGAGGAACCCAAAUGUCAACAUGACGGACAAAGACGGCAACACAGCUCUCGCCAUCGCUGCCAAGGAGGGACACACAGAGAUCGUGCAGGACCUGCUGGAUGCCGGCACCUAUGUCAAUAUCCCAGACAGGAGCGGGGAGACGAUGCUGAUUGGAGCAGUGAGAGGGGGUCAUGUUGAGAUAGUGCGAGCUUUGCUGAACAAAUACGCUGAUAUUGACGUCAGAGGGCAGGAUGGAAAGACUGCCCUCUACUGGGCUGUGGAGAAAGGCAACGCCACCAUGGUGAGAGAUAUCCUGCAGUGUAACCCUGACACCGAGAGCUGCACUAAGGAUGGAGAGACCCCGCUUAUCAAAGCCACCAAAAUGAGGAACAUAGAUAUCGUGGAACUGCUGCUGGAUAAAGGAGCCAAAGUGUCUGCACUUGAUAAGAAAGGAGACACGCCCCUCCACAUUGCCAUCCGAGGUCGUAGUAGAAAGCUGGCUGAGCUGCUACUGAGGAACCCUAAAGAUGGCCGCCUUCUUUACCGCCCCAACAAAGCUGGGGAGACACCAUACAACAUCGACUGUACCCACCAGAAAAGCAUCCUCACGCAGAUAUUUGGAGCCAAGCACCUCUCCCCCUCUGAGUCAGAUGGAGACAUGUUGGGUUACGACCUCUAUAGCAGUGCUCUAGCUGACAUCCUGAGUGAGCCCACCAUGCAGCCACCCAUCUGCGUUGGACUGUAUGCUCAGUGGGGCAGCGGCAAGUCUUUCCUCCUCAAGAAACUGGAGGACGAGAUGAAGACCUUUGCAGGCCAGCAGAUAGAGCCCUUGUUCGAGUUCUCUUGGCUGGUUGUUUUCCUCACCCUCCUCCUCUGCGGCUCUGUGGCCGUGGUUCUGGGCUUUACUGUUGAUCCCAGGUUGGCAAUCGCUGUCUCCCUCAGUCUCCUUGCCCUGCUCUACAUCUUUUUUGUGUUGGUGUACUUUGGAAGUCGUCGGGAGAGGGAGAGCUGGAACUGGGCGUGGGUCAUCAGCACCCGUCUGGCACGUCAGGUGGGUUACCUGGAGCUGCUGCUCAAACUGAUGUUCGUCAACCCCCCUGAACUUCCAGAGCAGACCACCCGCGCCCUGCCUGUCAGGUUCUUGUUCACGGAUUACAAUCGUCUGUCCAGUGUUGGAGGGGAGACCUCCAUGGCUGAGAUGAUUGCCACCCUCUCAGACGCCUGCGAGAGGGAGUUUGGCUUCAUGGCCAGCAGGCUCUUCAGGGUUUUCAAAAAGGAUGAGAUCCAAGGUAAGAAGUGGAAGAAAACUUGUUGUGUUCCCUCCUUCGUGCUGUUUGCCUUGACACUUGGUUGCCUGAUCACUGGUGUGGCCCUGUUGGCCAUCUUCAAGGUUGACCCUGAGAACUUGACAGUUAAUGCUGUGCUGAUAGCCAUGGCCAGUGUGGUCGGGCUGGCCUUACUGCUGAACUGUAGAACCUGGUGGCAGGUGGCCGACUCUGUUCUUAACUCCCAGAGGAAACGUCUUCACGGUGCUGCCAAUAACUUGCAUAAACUCAAGAGUGAAGGAUUUAUGAAGGUGCUGAAGAAUGAAGUGGAGCUAAUGUCAAAAAUGGCCAAAACCAUCGAUGGCUUCACUCAAAACCAGACGCGCAUGACCGUCAUCAUUGACGGACUGGACGCCUGUGAGCAGGACAAAGUGCUGCAGAUGCUUGACACGGUCAGGGUACUCUUCUCCAAAGGCCCUUUUAUUUCCAUCUUCGCAAGUGACCCCCAUAUUAUCAUCAAAGCUAUCAACCAAAACCUCAACAGUGUGCUGAGAGACUCCAACAUCAACGGACACGACUACAUGAGGAACAUUGUUCACCUGCCUGUAUUCCUCAACAGCAGAGGCCUCAGUACAGCCAAGAAGCUCUGCAUGGUAGCCCCCACCAACGGAGAGACACAGCCUGCUGAGGGAUGGCAUGAGGACAUGGAAAGAAAAAUGUCUCAGACCAACCUAGGACAAGACCCUGCCAAGUUUGGCAGCAAGAACGCCCUAAACCGCAGGGACACAUACCGGCGUCGGCAUAUGCAGAGGACCAUCACCAGGCAGAUGUCCUUUGACCUGACCAAGCUGCUGGUGACAGAGGACUGGUUCAGCGACAUCAGCCCACAGACCAUGAGGAGGCUGCUCAACAUUGUUUCUAUCACAGGUCGCCUAUUGCGGGCCAAUCAGAUCAUCUUCAACUGGGACCGACUGGUAUCAUGGAUCAACCUGACAGAAGAGUGGCCGUACAGGACGUCGUGGAUCAUCCUGUUUUUGGAAGAGACUGAAGGAGUGUCGGACCAGGUGGCGCUGAAGAACAUCUAUGAGAGAAUCUCCAAGAGCAUCCCCGCCACCAAAGACGUUGAACCGCUGCUGGAGAUCGAUGGAGACAUACGCAGCUUCGAGGUCUUCCUCUCAUCCAGGACGCCCGUCUUAACUGCCAGAGAUGUGGAGAUGUUCUUGCCCUGCACAGUCAACCUGGACCCCAAACUCAGGGAGAUCAUUGCAGAUGUGCGUGCAGCCAGAGAGCAGAUGCACAUGGGAGGAGUGACCUAUCCCACGCUGUCCCUGCAGGACCCAGGGCCCCGUCCACAGUCAGGUUACAGCCAGCUCUCUGCCCACUGCUCCCCUACAGGCUCCUUUCCAGGGACCCUGCCUCCUCAGCCCCACAGCGCUUACUUCAGCGGGAUGACGGGCCCUCAGCACCCAUUCUACAACCGGCCUUAUUUCCCCCACCAUGUGUAUCACCUGCCUCGGCAUUACUCCAACCAUGCCCCCUCAUCCCUGCGCCCCUCCAUUAAACCACCCGGUCAGACUAUGGACAACACCACUGGACUUGUUUCUCCUGCUGCCCUGCUCAGCUCUAUGAACACGGAUGCAGUGUGCGAGCAUCUCAAACAGAUUGACGGCAUCGACACCAGCAUGCUGCCUCAGUACAUCUCCACCGUCAAGAAGGCUAAUAUUAAUGGCCGAGUGUUAUCUCAGUGCAACGUGGACGAGCUGAAGAAAGAGAUGGAAAUGAACUUUGGGGACUGGCAGCUCUUCAGGGGAACGCUGAUGGAACAGCGUCACGCUGAAAGCCAGGCUCUCCUUCAGGAUGAGUCCCGAGCUGUGAGCGAGCAGGGCAGCAGCGUGCACCACGCCGAGCCCAACAGACGCUCAGGGGGAGCCCAGCAUGAAGCGACGGCCUUCAGCCUCAACCUCAGCUUCGAGGAGCUCAGCGGAGCCGGGCUGGAGGAACCACAGAGACACAGCAACAACUCUCAUUGGCCGGUGGUGAAUCACCGCACCUCCAGCAUGUCCAGUCUCAACUCUCAGGAAUCCUCCAAUGACAUCUGUAAGCUGACAGACAAGCAGCAGGCCGAGUAUCGUGAUGCCUACAGGGAGUACAUCGCUCAGAUGGCCACACUGGAGAUGUCCGGCGGUGCGGGGGAGAGGCCCGUGCAGCCCCACCCGGGACAGUUCCUGCAGGCUGCCAGCUCAGAUGACAAAGGGGCCAAGGAAGGAGCUGAUCAAGACAGCCGUAAGCCCUUCACCAAGAGAGGCUCCAAGGCGGGCGAUGCCACAGAUUUCCCCUCAGGGACCGACGCCCAGGCCCUCGACCCCAUCAGUGAGGAGGAUGAGAAGUUGGACCACAGCGCUUCCUCCAGGACUCCAGCCUCCAGGAAGAAGGGAGCGGGGGCCUUGUACCACAAGCUGCCCAGUGAUGAAGACUCCAGUCCAGAAGAAGCUGACAACACCACACCUCUCCUCCACAGAGAGCCCGGUGCUCCCAACACCCUCAGGGGCUCCCAGCCCACCGGGCUGCUCACCAAGCCUGGCUUCCUCUCUGAAAUCCUGCUGGACAAGAAGGACUCGUCGGACUCAGGGAUGCGAUCCAGCGACAGCUCCCUGGAGGACCCUGAAGGAGACGCUGACAGAGAUGGUGGAGCACAGAAGGCCAGUCUGAUCGAGCUGGAGCUGGAGGGUCUGGUGAAGAAGAGAGGCCUCCUCCCGAGCAGCCUGAGCGGCCUGCAGGACACCACGGUGGCCCGUAUGUCCAUCUGCUCUGAGGCCCCGUCAGAGGCCAGCCUGAUGGCCAGCAGCCCGGACGAGGGGUGGCCGUCCAGCGAGGUCAGCAACCUGAACCGCACUGACAGCAACACCACUCUCAACAACAACACAAACAGCCCCAGUGACGCCAACACAACCAACAGUAACACCAACAACAGCCAUCAGCAGCAGUCCACCUGCUCUUCCUCCAAUACCGACGUGUCUCCAGCUGUCAUCACCAUCACCCCCGGCAGCAGCAGCACUGCCAACACCACCAUGGCCACCGUCCACAACCAAAACCUGCGCACCAUCAGUCUGGGAGAUGAGAGGGAGAGCGUCCUCUGAGGAAGCCUGUGUUACUAUGAGAUGGGUCACAUAGACUAGUUUUUCGAUGUUGUUGUUGGUAGCGUAAUACUUUUGCUGUUGUGGUGUGCUAGAAAGAGUCGCAGUAGAUAUGUGUUCUCAAGUGUUAGGAAGGAAAGGUUCCGAGUGUUGCUGUGAAACAAAAGUAGUGCAUACGAAAGCUUUAAAGACUUCAUUAGCAACAAAACAAUCAACUUUAAUUUAAACUGUCUGACAUGUUGAUAAUGAUUUUGGCUUUAAGAAAACCAAAAAUGCAUUAUUAAGGUCAAGUUUUGAUCCUUUUGAGUGUUUUUAUGUUGCAUGACAUUUUGCCGCCCCACAAUUUCGCCUCAUUUCUGUGUGGUUUGUUCCUCAUGCGAUUGUGGUGCUGUUACAGAAAGUGUUUAGGUACGAAAUGUUGUUAAAUGUUGUGGACAUCGUGUGUUACAGAAAAAUAAAUUCAGGAAAUGUAGCCAUGGCUGAAAGACUCUUAAGUUGCUGAGAACUUGAGUCCCUGAAGUGUUUGUGUGUAGCUGUGUUGGGUAGUUAGAACAUCAUUAAAUAGAUGGCAGUGUAGACAGUGGUGUGCUAGGGUGUGUUGCUGGCAGAUUCGGUGAUAGAAGAAAUGCAUGAACUCGUCUCCAAAGUGGUGUUUGUCUUAUCGAAAAAUCCUUUUGAGGUGGUGUUUGUGAACCAAUAAACAUUUUCACUAUGUUGACCCUUGAAA